AUGGGGAAGAAGAAAAUGAGAACGAAGCCCAAUCCAUUCACAGAUCAAUCCCCCACUUCCUCCAUUAAUAAACCUUCCUCUUCUUCUUCACCUUCUUCGUCUUGCUCAUCUCCAUCUUCCGCCUCCACAUCCACCUGGCCGUGGCCGCCUUACUACUACUGCCACCAGCAGCCGCGCACUCUCUCCUUCCGUACAACCACCUCCGCCGACAAGCCCAUCUCCACCGCCACCGCCAUGUCCAAGCCCACUGGGCCUACCUCCAUCGGACCCGAUGUUGUUGGGCCGGGCCCAGGAAACACCGACGCCUCGUUCGAUGACGAUCCCGCCGCCGUGGAGACCGUCAUCCGCGGCCUCAAGCAGUCCGACCGCCGCCGCCUCUUCUCCCCCGACGAAACCAGCUCCUCCAUCCUCCGCCGAAAAGAUUCAUCCCCAACCGCCGAGGAGGAAGCGGAUCGCGGCGGAGACGGAGGAGGAGGGGGAGGGGAAAAUUUGUUGUACCCUUUCAACGACGGCGGAGCGGCGGCGGUGGCGCUGACGCUGGAUUCGCGGGAUCCGUUCGAGGACUUCAAGGCGUCGAUGGCGGAGAUGGUGGAGGCACACGCGCUGCGCGAUUGGGAGUCUCUGGAGCAGCUGCUGGGGUGCUACCUGAAGGUGAACGGGAGGAGCAACCACGGGUACAUCGUCGGCGCUUUCGUCGACCUGCUCGCCGGCGGCCUCUUUUUCAAAGCGGCGGAGGAAGAGGUUGAGGAAUUAAAUUGCUCUUGCUCGAAUCGCCACAAGGCGGGGGAGGAUCUCCGGCGGCAUCAUUACUCGCCGUCGUCGCCGCUGUCGUUCUACACGUCUUUCUCGUCGUCGUCGUGCUCGGAGGAUUCGUCGUCGACGCCGUGCGUGUCGUCGCUGGAGGCGUACCGGGAGGCGGCGGAGGGUGAUGAUGAGCUGGACGAGAUUAGUACUGCAGCUUUUCGCGGUGAGAAGGAAAGGGGAAGGGAGAGUGGGUCCCAUUAA